CGAACAGCGGUGGUGGAGGUUGUGUUGGGUUCGUGCUUGCUUUUGAGGAAUUGUGCGGGUUCUGUGCCUGUGUUUGGUGUCUCAUAGUCAGUUACCUAAUUCGAGGAGUGAACUAUCAGAGACAUCUCAACUUCACGCAAUGGCAAUGGAGAGUCCGGAGCGGCAGAAGAUCAAAGCAAUUCUUCCUCCUGCAAAGGAAUGCACACACACCUUACACUAUUGUGAGGAGAACGUGUGGCUGCUGUGCCAACACGUGCAGGACAAGUACCCGCAGGAGCUGCCCUACUGCUACGCGGUGUUCAUCUCCAACCAGAACCAGACGGUGCCGCUGUGGAGGCAGCGCGCCGGACGCACAGAGGACCGCGUCGUCAUCUGGGUAGGUCACGACGAUAACAUCACGGGACGGGUCGCCACGGGUCGUCAUCGGGGGAGGUCACGAGACUACACCGACAGCAUCACGGGUCGCCACCUGG